UUUGUUUGUUUUUCAUUUUUGUUACAGUAAUCCACGAGCAUCGCGAAAUAUGGCAGAAAAACAACGUCGAGACAAUCUCAAUACCAAUAUCUCGACGAUGGCGUCCUUAGUUCCUAUUAUCGUUGGAUGUCCGAGAAGGUUGGACAAGAUAUCUAUCCUACGAUUAGCUACGUCAUAUUUAAGAAUGGAUUACACACUUGGACGUGGAUCGGCCAAUUUUUUACCGAAACAAUUCAAAGACUUGGACGUGGAACAAUACAUUUUGGAUGUGAGUUGCAACGAUUCAAUUUUUGUUGUUUUUUCUUCAGGAACGUCUACCAACAACGAUAUCAUCUUCGUUGGUGUUGCAUGGUUCCCCAAAAAACGUCCUAUUACUGAACUUUCUAUAACGGAUGCUAAUAAAGAAGAAUAUGUAACAAGGCAUUUGGUUGAUGGUCGUAUCAUUUAUUGCGAUCACAGGAUAUCCAUCGUGGCAGGUUAUAUGUCAGAAGAAGUUUCCGGUAUGAGUGCAUUUAAAUAUAUGCACAAGGACGAUGUUAGGUGGACCAUCAUUGGACUACGCCAAAUGUACGAUCGUGCUGAACCUUGUGGCUCGUCCUGCUACAGGUUACUUUCCAAAACUGGCCAAUUCAUUUAUCUGAGAACUCACGGUUAUUUAGAAUACGACAAAGAUACCCAAUCCGUGGAAUCGUUUGUCUGUAUAAAUACUUUAGUCUCUGAAGAAGAAGGUAUUGAAUUUGUUAGAGAAAUGAAAGAAAGAUUUUCAGCUACUGUAUCCGGUUUCACAAAGGCUGCUGCUAUGAUCCAAAAUACUGAAGAUAUUUCUUUCAAUCUGCGGGGACUGGAUUCUAAAAAAUCUAACUCGGAUGCAAGCCUGGAAGAUGCUUCCCAAUUAGAAGACGCAAUUACUCAUCUAAUCAGCGAUUUACCUUCGCCAACUAUUUCGGAAGAUCGUCUAUCACCAAAACCAAUUUCUAACUCACAAUUUGCUAAAGCAGCUAUAUUUUCGCAAAGGUUACCACCGGUAGCUACGCAAACUAGUAAAAUUCGUUUAAAAAAGAUCGAUCACUGUACUCCGACGUUUAACGAUGACAACAAAUGCAGUAACAAUAAUCCUGUUGUAAAACAAGAACCUAGUAACGGAAUGAAGGAAGAACAUCAAACGUUGACAAGCACUAAAACAAUUGCCGAUUCUAUCGUUGAAAAGGAAAUCAUAUCGGAUGAACAACAACAACAGCGACGAGUUGGAAGAAGAAAAACACCGUUGUUUUGUAAUGAGAUGUGUACAGAAAAACCUAUAACUUUGAGAGGAAUGAUGAGAAGGGCAAAAGCUUUAGAACAGAAAUAUCGUAAUAAAGACAUGAAACCUUUAUCCUUACUUGAACGUGACUCUUCUAAAACAACUAGUGUUAUGAAAAAUAACAAUGAGAAGACUAAUAAUAGUCUCGAGUCUUUAGAAAAUGACACGGGCGAAUCCGAGACUGACGUGUCGAAAAGAAAAUAUAACGAAGAUAACGUCGGUAGUGGUGAUACUACAUUACGCUCAAAAAAGCGUAAAAAUAAGAAAAAAUAUGAAAUCGUUUGUGAGGUUCAACACGAACAACAGCAGCAGCAACAAGAACAAGAAGAGCAACAACAACUACAACCAGAAGAACAUAGUGUUUCAUAUGUUCAUUGUAGGACUUUUAUUAACAAUGAACUGUUUACAAGAGUAGAUGAAUUUGAUACUUAUGAUCAGGAGGCUGAUACUCAACCCGUUCAAAUUAUAUCUAUGGACUCACCGAAUUCAAGCAUUCAAGAUUGUAAUAUCAAAUAUCCAAAAUUAUUAGAUUCAUCGAUGCCAUUGGAAAUCCCCAACAUGGUUGAUUUAAACGAGAGAGUUAAUGACAUAUCAUUAGAGGAUAUUCAUGCACUCAACCAUAUCAGGACUUAUCAGGGACGCAAGACUAUUCAGGAGGAGUAUAGCACGAUCAUGGAACAUACUCCAGAUUUUAUGCUAAAAAUAUUUAAUAAUCUACGACCUGUAAUGGGUUUUGAAAAAAACUAUGAUGAGGUUAAUUCACGACAGUUAUCAUCGGUCAAUGAUCAACAAAUGGUCAAUGACGAAUUAACGAGGACUCAUCUGCAACUAGCUAAUUGUAUUACCAUACAAGAAUCCCAAUUCGAUGUAUUAGCACGUAACCUUGAGAAUCCAGUUUUGCAAUCUCAAAGAAAAAAUUUAACUCAGCUACAGGCUGAACAUAAAAUGCAAAAGCAAAUGUUAAAGACAUUGCAACAAGAACAUCUUAAUGUACAAGUCAAUACGAAGCAAAACGUUGGUGUUUAAAUAAUAAUGUCUUUAUACGUAUCUUUUAAAAAUACGUAUCAUGAAAAUAUAAUUUACGAGGGAUUUGAUGUUCGAGGCAUUAUAUCAUCGUCACGUAAAAGGGUGUCGGUCCUUCUCCCCUCUCAAAUUACCGAAUUAACUAUGAGUCUGAAAAAUUUUUACUGGAUCACACACAUUCUAGCAAAAAAUAAAACAAACAAAAAAAGAAAGAAUAAAAGUAAAACAUAAUGAAAAGAAAAGAAAAAUAAUCAACGAGAUUGGCAUACGUGCAAUAUGUAUGCAUCAUCGAAUUGCACCACCGAAGAGAUUCUAUUAUUCUUUUGUCUUCUUGAAGAGAAAAAGAAAGUAAAACUUAUAGAAAAAGAAGGAAGGAAGGAGGUAGAAGAAGAAGAAGAAGAAGAGGAGGAGGAAGGAAAAGGAAACAAAGUUUUUGUCGUUAAAAAUCAAGUUAAUGUACUAUGUUGGUGCUAAAAAAAAAAAAAAAAAAAAAAAA